AUGGCGACGAUCUCUGAUCUUUCGAGUGAUCUGGUAGUAAUACUCACAAGGGUUCCGAUAACUUGUUUAGGAACAGUGAGAUUGACUUGCAAAAGAUGGAACACUUUAUCCAAAUCUCAGCUUUUAUGCAAAGCAGAAGCAAAAGAGCAGUUUCUAGGGUUCAUGAUAAGUAAAACUAAGCUGUUUUCCUUGAGAUUCGACGUGCAUGAAAAAUUCACAGUAAAGGAGAUACUUGAUUCGUUUAAUCAAGUCGAGAUAUCUGAAGUUCUUGUCUGCGACGGCUUGUUGUUAUGCGUCACUGUCACAAGAGACGAGUACAGUCAACGCCUCAUGCUCUGGAACCCAUACUUGGGACAAACAAGGUGGAUCCAAACAAGAAGAUCUUACGAUAGAUCAGACGUAUAUGCUCUUGGAUACGACAAGAGCACCAACCGUAACCACAAAAUCUUGAUGUAUUGUUAUGGUUACAAGGAAGAUGAAUGUGAAAUCUACGAUGUUAAGUCCGAUUCAUGGAGGACUCUUGAUGUCAAGCUACACUGGGGCUGGGGCGAAGAGUACUUCCAUGUCAGCGCAUCGCUGAAAGGAAACACUUACUUUUUGGACCGCGAUGGACAUGAUGAGAUGUUCACUGGAAGAGAAACUCGCGGCUUUAUAUAUGCGCAGUCCUAUAUCUGGGAUGGGAAUUUGGGUUACAACUAA